CGCUUGGCAUCAUCCUGUUGUGUGCCCACCUAGUUCCAGCGACGAACGACCCGAAAGCUUUCUGCUUGAAGUGAAUAUAUUUCUAGCAAAAGCCGCCGGCUCGGCACGCGUUUUUCAGAUUUGUUUUCGGUCGUUGUCGUAGCAUUUUAUUUUAUCGUCAAAAUGAGCCAAGAUGUAAUAGGCUGCUGUGUAGUUAUUGCUAGCUAGGCAGUCAAAUUCCUUCAACCAGCAGCCUGCUGCUUCAAUCACUGCGGGUUGACACAUUUUAGCCGAGGCGCUGUUUAGUGAGCUAGCGGGCUAGCAGGGCAGCCUCCGUAGUCGUUACGUCUAAUUUAGCCAGCGUUAGCUGAUGUAGUUACUCGGAAAAUAGGCGCAGUGCUGCGGUGUGGAUAGUGCAAUAUAGAUUACCACUCUAAUAUUAGCCUGCUGACAAGGGGUCUUUACUUUUACAGACUAAACGGGCUUAUCUAGCGUUGGGGAGAGUGCACAGAUAUCAGCUGUUACGGGUUCGGAUGUGGCGACUCUGCGGUCUUAAACCACUUUUAGCGGAUUGAGAAGAUUAAAUUAAAGAAGGUAGAAUUGGAUCUCCCAGUGACACCCGAGGGGUUAAUGAUAUAAACGGGUAUUAAGUAGCUAAUCUGUGGCAGCUGGAGUCAUUUUAAUAUUAGCUGUAUUAAGAGGCGUGCAGGCUGAGAGCAUCUCGGGGAGGCCCCACCGUCUCCUGGCUCCCUCCUCCUUGUCCGAAUCUCCCGUGAUUUGCUGAGAUCGCCCGGUUGAAGUCGCAGUUGCUCUCGGCCGGGGGGACAACUUGACAGCGAGGCCCCUUGGCUAGUCUCCCCCCCCACCCCCUCCCCCAGUCCUAUCCAUCCACUCGUCCGGUCCGACUACUACCACCACCACCACCACCUCCUCGCUAGAGACAGAAGCGAGGAAACCGGGGUUCGGGAGAAGCUGAAACCGUGGGCAAGUGUUCGUUAGGUCCCGCCUGAACCGGGCUGCCAAAAACCAGAGGGGAUGACUCUGGAGUCCAUGAUGGCUUGCUGCCUGAGCGAAGAGGCGAAGGAGUCGAAACGAAUCAAUGCAGAAAUUGACAAACAACUCCGCCGAGACAAGCGAGACUCCAGGAGAGAGCUGAAAUUACUGCUGCUCGGUACAGGAGAAAGUGGCAAGAGCACCUUCAUCAAGCAGAUGAGGAUCAUCCAUGGAGCUGGAUACUCUGAUGAAGAUAAAAGAGGCUUCAUUCGACUUGUUUAUCAAAACAUCUUCACCUCCAUGCAGUCCAUGAUCCGCGCCACUGAGAACCUCAAGAUCCCCUACAAAUAUGAAGACAACCGGGCUAAUGCUAUGCUUGUGAAGGAGGUGGACAUUGAGAAGAUCAAUAGUUUUGAGCAACCAUACAUCACAGCUAUUAAAACCCUGUGGGCUGAUCCAGGAAUCCAGGAGGCCUACGACCGUCGCAGAGAAUACCAGCUCUCUGACUCCACAAAAUAUUACCUUAGUGAUAUAGACCGUGUGACUGCGGAGGGUUAUGUUCCCACCCAGCAAGAUGUACUGAGGGUCCGUGUUCCCACCACGGGUAUAAUAGAGUACCCGUUUGACCUGGAGAACGUCAUCUUCAGUUAUCUUUCGGAUCUGGAUCGUAUUUCAGAUUCCAACUAUCUUCCCACACAGCAGGAUGUACUCAGGGUGCGCAUCCCCACUACAGGAAUCAUAGAGUACCCCUUCGACUUGCAAAGCAUCAUUUUCAGGAUGGUAGAUGUAGGGGGCCAGAGGUCAGAGAGGAGGAAGUGGAUUCACUGCUUUGAGAAUGUCACUUCCAUUAUGUUUCUUGUGGCGCUGAGUGAGUAUGAUCAGGUCCUGGUGGAGUCAGACAAUGAGAACCGCAUGGAAGAGAGUAAGGCUCUGUUCAGGACUAUCAUUACCUACCCCUGGUUUCAAAACUCCUCUGUCAUCCUCUUCCUUAAUAAGAAAGACCUGCUAGAGGAGAAGAUCACCUACUCGCACUUGGUGGACUACUUUCCCGAGUUUGAUGGUCCCCAGAGAGAUGCACAGGCGGCGCGGGAGUUCAUCCUCAAGAUGUUUGUGGACUUAAACCCAGACAGCGACAAGAUCAUCUACUCUCACUUCACUUGUGCCACGGACACUGAGAACAUCCGCUUUGUGUUUGCAGCUGUCAAAGACACCAUCCUACAGCUCAAUCUCAAAGAGUACAACCUGGUGUGAGGGCUCAAAUGCGACGCACAUCUCCUCCCCCACUGCACAAAUGCACACCUCUUUGGGAAUGUGCCGUCAGCUCCACAUGCAUUACACAGCACAUCACUCCAGCUCACAUACACAAACACACACAGCCGCAGAUGUGCACGCAUGCACGCACACAAUCCCUCCCCCAACAGAACCGUUUUUUUUGUUUGUUUUUUUCCUCCCCCUUUCUCCCAGUACAGUGAACCCACAGAUCCUCCCACCUGCAGACGUUGCCCCUCUUCUUUCACCAAAGCCUCUUCCUCCUCCUCUCGGCAGCUUGCUGUGUUAGUCUUCAGUCCUCCCAAAGCUGCUCUGUGUGUGUGGGUGUGGAUUUGGCCCCGGCUGCUGGCUCUGGCACACAAACCUUUCACACGAGCUAUACAGUGACUGGAGGGGAUUUUGGUGUGAGUGCGUGUGUGUGUUUGUGUAUUGGGGGCAUCAUUGAUUAGAGAGGAUCUGUGUUUCGGUGAAUAGCGGCAUCAUACCCCCUGGCCCUUCGGAGUUUACCUUCAGCGGUGCGAGAGCAGAUCCUCCGUCGUCUCCUUUCCACGCUCCUGCCAGUGUGGAAUUAACAGAGUUCCAUAUUUUCUGACACCAUCCGAGGACCUGAGAGAUACUUCAGAGCGACUCGGUGGGGGACGGGACUGAGGAUUCUGUCUCCAUCUUGCGUCUAUGAAUGUACCCACCAGUGUGAGCAUCGCAAUCACAAAAAAUAGAAAAAAAUAUAUAUAUUAUGAAGUAAAUGCAUAUGUAAACACUUAAAACAUGAAGGGGGAGGGGGUCAGGGAGCAGGAGAUGGCUAAUCAAAAUCUGUUAAUUGCUGAGAUUUUUAAAAAAAAAAAAAACACUUUUUAAUGUAUUUAACAAGUAUGAUUAAUAAAUGGAGUGGUUGUAAGAAAAUUUU